AGCCAUUUGCGGUUUACUGACAGCGUCGACAGCUUGGAUUGCUCACAGAGCCAUGCCCGUUCAGUCGAAGAUUUGCCGUGGUGCCGCUGUGCUGGGCGCCAGUGCGGUUGGUCUGGGCUUUGUGGUGCCACAGGCCAGCCCCAGCGCGGCACGGGCCGCGGCGUCCACGGCGUCUGCCUCCCCGGCCUCCCCUGCCUUCAGCCCGAGCACGGGCAUCGCGAGCUGCGCAGUGGCCGGGGCCGUGAGCUUCGCCGCAGCCCGCCGCGCCGGCGCCCGCAGCACCCGCGCCCGCAGCAGCACCAACGCCCGAGCCCAGCGGGUGGCGUUGUUUGCCCGCGGCGGCGAGGAAGACACGCGCGUGUGCAUCCCGCUUGAGGAACUCCGCAACACCGAUGUGGACAAAGUGGGCGGCAAGAGCGCCUCCCUGGGCGAGAUGAUCUCGCAGCUCUCCGACGUGGGUGUGCCGGUGCCAGGUGGCUUCAGCACCACUGCGUUUGCCUACAAGGAGUUCCUGGACAAAGGUGGCAUCAACGACUUCAUUAACAAUCAGCUCUCGGAUGAUACCAUCUAUACAGAUGUGAACAAGCUGAUGGAGGUCGGCAAAGCAAUCCGUGACAAGAUCAUGGACACCCCGUUCCAGCAGGAUUUUGAGGCGGAGCUGAAGGAACAGUGGAGCCGCGUCUCCGGCGGCGACGACAAGUUCACGUUCGCAGUGCGGUCUUCUGCGACGGCCGAGGAUCUGCCAGACGCUUCCUUCGCUGGGCAGCAGGAGACCUUCCUCAACGUCAUGGGCUAUGAGGACCUGAAGCAGAAGGUGCACUUGGUCUUCGCAUCGCUCUUCACAGACCGAGCCAUCUCCUACCGCCAUGACCGAGGCUUUGAGCACGAGAAGGUCCAGCUCUGCGCAACCUGCCAAAAGAUGGUGCGCAGCGAGACCGGCUCCGCAGGCGUCAUGUUCUCCCUUGACACCGAGAGCGGCUUCAAAGAUGUGGUUUUUGUGACCGCUGCAUGGGGCCUGGGCGAGACGGUGGUGGGUGGCACCGUGAACCCGGACGAGUGGUAUGUCUUCAAGCCCACGCUGGCGGAGGGCAAGAACUCCGUGGUCUCGCGCACCAUGGGCUCCAAGCUGGUGAAGAUGAUCUACAAGGAAGGCGGCGGCUCGGAGGUGGUGGACACCAGCGAGGAGGAGCAGAACAAGUGGUCGGCCUCGGAUGAGGAGGUCAAGGCCUUGGCCGAAAUGGCCGUGAAGAUCGAGAAGCACUAUGGCCGGCCCAUGGACAUCGAGUGGGCCAGGGAUGGGGACGACGGCAAGCUGUACAUCGUGCAGGCCCGGCCAGAGACGGUGGCCUCCCAGAAGAAGGUCGGCGUCAUCGAGGAGUACAAGAUGCUCGAGAAAGGUGGCGAAAAGGUGGCAGAGGGCCGCGCCGUGGGCAAGCGCAUUGGCAGCGGCAAGGUGAACAUCCUCACCAGCAUUGAUCAGAUGGCUGAGUUCGAGAAGGGUCAGGUGCUGGUCGCUGACAUGACGGACCCCGACUGGGAGCCCAUCAUGAAGAAGGCUGGCGCCAUCAUUACCAACCGCGGCGGCCGCACCUGCCACGCGGCCAUCAUCGCCCGCGAGCUGGGCAUCCCGGCCAUCGUCGGCUGCGGGGACGCCACGGACAAGGUCAAGAAAGGUGACGCGGUGACCGUCUCCUGUGCGGAGGGCGACACUGGCUACAUCUACAAGGGCGAGCUGAAGUUCGAGAAAAAUGUGCAGGAUUUGGGCGAUCUGCCAGAAAUUGGACUCAAGAUCAUGAUGAACGUGGGCAAUCCUGAGACUGCCUUCUCCUUCGGACAGCUUCCCAACGAGGGCAUUGGCCUGGCGCGCCUGGAGUUUGUCAUCAACAAUGCCAUCGGUGUGCACCCGAAGGCGCUCUUGAACUACGACACCUUGGAUGCUGAGACCAAGGGUUUGAUCGACGAGCGCAUGCGUGGCUAUGAUGGACCCAAGGACUUCUACAUCAAGAAAAUCGCGGAAGGCAUUGCCACCUUGGCCGCAUCGGUGUAUCCGAAGCGCAUCAUCGUCCGGCUGUCCGACUUCAAGUCCAACGAGUACAAGAGCCUGAUCGGUGGCGAGCAGUACGAGCCCGACGAGGAGAACCCCAUGAUCGGCUUCCGCGGCUGCGGGCGCUACACGGACCCCUUCUUUGAGGAGUGCUUCGCCAUGGAGUUGGAGGCCGUGAAGAUUGCCCGAGGAGAGAUGGGACUGAAGAAUGUGGAGAUCAUGAUCCCAUUCGUCCGCACCCUGGACAUGGCUAAGGACGUCAACGAAGUGCUGGAGAAAAACGGCCUCAAGAGGGGCGAGGAUGGCCUGAAGGUGCAAAUGAUGGCAGAGCUGCCAAGCAACGUCUUCUUGGCAGAGGAGUUCUUGGAGUACUUCGAUGGCUUCUCCAUUGGCAGCAACGACCUGACGCAGUUGACUCUCGGCCUGGACCGUGACUCAGGCUUGGUUGCCCAGUACUUUGACGAGCGCAACCCUGCUGUGAUGAAGGGUUUGGAGACCCUCAUCAAGGCUGCCAAGGCCAAGGGCAAGUAUGUUGGCAUUUGUGGUCAGGGCCCUUCUGAUCACCCGGAUCUCGCCAAGUGGCUCAUGGAGCAGGGUAUCGACUCUGUGUCCCUCAACCCCGACUCUGUUAUCCCAACUUGGCAAUUCUUGGGCAAGAAGUGAUUUGCCACAGCUCUGUCUUGGUUAAUGAAUCGAUUGCACAGCCCAGAUGCUUCAUCUAUGAUUUUGGUGUUUUUUGAUGUUUCAGCGUGUUGCAUCUGGGCCUUGCGUGGCUCAGCAUUUCUCAUAUUCCUUGGGAAAAACCUUGCCAGCCGCGGGGCUGGUGCCCAAGAGUAUCUAUUUUCUCGCUGGCUGUCGUCCCGCGCGUAUGCGCAGAGACUCACAGCUCGGCAUUCCAAUUGAGCAUUUUGCUACUCUGCGCUCAGUUGAAAAUGGUC